AAGUAAUGACUGCAAUUUUGCAGAGAAAAAAGGGGCAAUCAAUGCAAAUUUAUAAAUUAUAAAUCCAGUUGAAAAAACACAAAGAGAGAAGGGGUUUGUUCAAGGAUCAAACACACUCUGCCCCUAUCCAACUGCUCUUAGUCUAAACCCAUGUGUAAUCCAAAUCAUAUAUAAAUCUAAAUCUUGAUCUGGGUUGUUCUUGUUUUGAUUCAUAGUGCAAUCAAUUACUGUAUAUUGGUGAUUAGUAUGAGGAAGAGAGAGCGAGAGAACCCGUGUGGGAUUUGUGGGCACUACCACAAAUAUGAAGAAGGUGAAGUCUGUGGGAUUUGUGGGCAUCGUAUGCCUGAUGAUGCUCUCAAAUCUUCUAUUCAAGUUAGUGCUUUUCCGUCUGAGAUCUUGCCGGAGUUUUUGUAUCUUGGUAGCUAUGACAACGCUUCGCGGUCCGAGCUUCUCAAGACUCAGGGGAUUUCCCAUGUUUUGAAUACAGUACCUGCUUGUCAGAAUCUGUACAAGAACUCUUUUACUUAUUACUGUCUGCAAGGUGACCAAGACAUUCCAUUUGAUGAUGCAAUGCAUUUUCUAGAGCAAUGCGAAAAGGAUAGAGCUCGUGUUCUUGUGCACUGCAUGUCAGGAAAAAAUAGAUCACCAGCUGUUGUGGUAGCUUACUUGAUGAAGAGCAAAGGUUGGAGGCUUGGUCAGAGCUACCAGUGGGUAAAAGAGCGUAGACCUUCAGUUGAAAUAAGUCAAGCUGUUUACCAGCAACUGUGCAAUUUCGAGCUGAAGAUCUUUGGGGAUGUUGAAAGUACCAAUCCUACUUUACCAGUAUUUUCCGCUUCAGGUGCACCAGCCUUCAGUUUUGGCUUUCCAAAGCCUAAUGAAGCAGCCGCUAUACCUGCUUUCAGUAAUACGGGAACAACCUCCAUUUUCAAUCGUUCAACAUUAGACAUCCCUCCUCAGGAGUUCACUUUUGGAGCAGCCCAAAUUCAGAAUACUUCUGGGGUUCCUUUGGGGGCAAAUCCACCGAAUGCAAAUGGUAGUGAUGUGUCUAUGGACGGUUCUUGAAUUUGAUUCGGUUUUAUGCAGUACCCCAUGAUGAGAAUGUUGGGCAAUAGCCAAGUUAGCUACAAACUUUGAGAAAGCCUGCAGCUAAAGUUUGAACAUCCAAUGUCAAGAGAUAUUUGGAUUUAAUAUUUAAUAUUUUUGGUGUUCCGGUUUGCAAACUUUAUGCUCUCAAUGAAUUAUAUGUAAAGAUCUUUCAAUCUCUAAUUUUAUACGAGAUAAAGAAAGGAAAUUUAUGUCAA